AAUGUACAAAUAACAUAGAGAGAGAGAGAGAGAGAGAGAGAGAACAGGAGAAGUCUUAGGCCAUCUCUCGUGGGACCCGGGCACCGUUCUUCCCUAUCACUUCCAGCUAAUAUCUUAAUCCCUUUAUGGUAUCGUUGGCAGCCUCCCAAUCAUUCCACCUUCUCUCUCUCUCAAGCCUCUUCUCUCUUUCCCCUAUCUUUGGCAUGAGGAUAUCAUUAAUGGCCUCAUCUCCAGCUUCCUCCUCUCUGUUUCGUUAAUGUUCAGACACCCUCCAACCCCAUCAUCAUCUUCUCCCCCCUUCCCCCCUCUUCUAUAUAACCGCAUGCCUCCCUCUGCCAACCUUUCCCUGCAAGAGAGGGAAAAAGUUCCAUUCGUUCCUCCAUUUCUAUAAUGAUCACAAGCCUCUGCAAAAAGGGUCUUCACUCCUUUCUUGGCUUCACCAACUUAGUCGACUCUCCUCCUCCUCCGGUUCUGCAUCCGUCGCUGCCCGCUGCCUCCAAAGGCCACGCUCUGGCUUCUGGGAUUGGCCUCACCACUGCAACCGGUGAGUUCCCUCGAGGGCCGAACGUGGUGGAGUCCACUGCCCUCUGUUCUCCCCCGCCGCUGGCAAAGGAGGACCCCAGCUUGUCUAGUUUCGUAGACGAGGUCGGAGGAGGGGUGGUCGUGGACGGGCUCAUGUCUUGCACGGAGAGCCUCGGGUUCGAGAGCUCAGAUGAUAUCUGGGCCGAUGAGUGGUACCCUGCCUGGCCUGCAAAGCCCGUUGAAAGGACGACAAGGUUGAGGGAGGCGAGCGAGAGGAGGGAGAAGAAGUUCCCCCCACCGAUCUCGUCUUUGAAUCACAAGGGGCAGCGGAGCUUCUUCUUCCGUCCGGUGAGGACGGAGGGGAGGCUGGAGCUGGCGGAGGUGAGGAUAGACUGCCCCGAGAUCCUCCGCGCUUCGAGGGAAGACGGGCGCUUGAGGCUCGACUUGAUCGUAGAGGAAGACAUGGAAACCGAAGAACAAGAAAAAGAACAAGAAGAAACCAUAGAAGAAGAAGUCGAAGGAGAAAAACAAGAAGAAGUGCAAGAAGAUCAAGAUCGUGUCGUGGAGUUGUUCCAAGAAGGCAUACGGAUCGGGAGGUGCCACGACGUGGUGAACCACCACAGCCGCUGCCACCACCAUCACCAUCACAACCACAGCUUGGGUGGUGGGUGGAGGUAUCCUUGUGUGCCGACUAGAUGAAGAUGAAUAAGAUGAUGAUGAGGUUAGUAGUCUAUCAGUCAAUGGCUGAGCUCAGCCCACAAGGUGCGGAACUGGGGCAGCAGGAAAAGUCAUGUCCCUCCUCCCUGUCAGAGGCGCAAGGCUUGUCGGUGUGUCAUUUGGGCUGCGGAGCACAAAUAUCUGCAGAACUUUUACCAGAGUGAUGAUGAUGGCAAUGAGUACAGUGGGCCCGACCCCAUCUCGUGGGAGUGGCUCUGUUCCAUCACUGCAAACAGAUGAAAGAGAGGCAGAAAUGUUGGGGGUGAUGAAAUGUGGAAUCUUUGGGGAAGGAGAAAAUGAGAGAGAGAGAGAGAGAGAGAGAGAGAGGAAGACAAGAAUCAUCAGCAGUUGCUAUCUUCUUUUUUACCAAAUCCAGAAGUUUCAGCUGUUACAACAUAAAACAUGACUCUUGACGCGAAA